AGACUUAGAGGUUAAAGAAAAGAACGCUACGUGUAUUUCGAGCUAUCCCUUGGCAAUCCCGUUCGGGAAGUUUGUAUAUCGAUUCUUAUCGGAUGCUACAAUGUGAGUUGUUCUUUACAAUUGCUCGUCUUCGGCAGUAGAAUUCCUCUCUCGUCGUGACUGAUCGAACGAGCAUUCCUCCCUCCGGCGAGUCACCGCUGACAAGUCUCAAAUGUGCACAAUCACGAGCGCAGCCUGUUGGUUGCUCCCAACGUUGCGAGACGGCGGGGCCGUCAAACUCACCCGCGUGUAUAUUUCAGGCACUGAACUCGUUACGACAGUGGGGAGAAGUUAGAAGUUCUCCCGUUUUGAUUGACACGCCGAUAAAAGAUCGCUCGGCAAACAACCUACAUAUGUCACGUGAUCCGAUGCACAUGUGAUGGGCAAGUGGUGGGAAAGAAGUCCUUCCAUGCCGCCGGUACCGAACGAAAGAGGUUACGUAGGGUGCAUCUGCUUCGGGAACACAACAUGAAGGAGGAGUAUUCGGUGCUUUCGCCUAAAUUUGGCGGGGGACCAAAAGGAUUGGGUGAUCCGAACGACAAGAGUUUAAGGAAAGUGGAGAAAGAUGUGCUGAUACCCAAGUUGAUGCGGGAGAGAACCAAAUCCGAGAAAUGUGUCGCUGAAGUUAAAGAAUUCCACAAUUGCUGUCUCGAUUCUGGCCUGCUGCACGUUAUAAAGUGCAGGAAAGAAAAUGACAGGAUGAAAAAGUGCAUGGAGAGGUGGUAUUACGAUCAAGGCUUCAUCAAAGAGUGCACGGAGCAAUAUCUGGAGGAGAGGAGUGAAUUUAGAAGAACUGGUAUUCCCAAAAACAAAAAAUAUUAGAAUGGAAGGAUCAAUAUGAAUUUAACAAAUAUUGAUUGUUAUGUAUUUUUCAUUUAGUUUCUUAAAUAUAUCUGUGAUUGAUGCACAUUUAAUAGAUAAGAUUUUGAAAUAUGUUGCUUUGAUGCAAUAAAGAAACAAACAGAGACUUUCCAUUGGAAGUUUAAAAUUAUAUUGAUUUUAAUUUGUAUAUCGAAUUCUUAGUCAAAUAUUUAUAUAAUGAACUUCCAUAGCACUAUGCGAAAGAAUUGUUCUUUUACUACUAAUGUAUGCCAUGUGACAACGUGUGAAGUGGAACAAUGAUAUUUUAUACAUGCAAAGGCAUGAGGCGA